AUGGUCUGGCAAGAACGUCUACCAAUUUUGAAAAUUCUUGAUCUCAGCGGAUCAAUGUGCCUAAUCACGACACCAGAUUUUGAAGGCCUUUCAUGUCUUGAAAGAUUGAAUUUAUUGGGUUGUAAGAGUUUAGAAGAGAUUCAUCCAUCAAUUGGAUAUCACAAAAGGCUUGUUUUCGUGAACGUGGGAUAUUGUAAAGAACUUAAAAGGUUUCCACCCAUCAUACACAUGAAAAAAUUGGAGACUCUUGAUCUCACUAAUUGCGAUGAACUUCAACAGUUUCCGGAUAUCCAGUCAAACAUGGAUAGCUUGGUAACCCUUGAUUUGAGUGAUACUGGUAUAGAAAUAAUCCCACCAUCAGUUGGACGAUUUUGUACCAACCUUGUUUCUUUCAAUUUAAAUAAUUGUCGCAGACUGAAAAGGAUAGAGGGAAACUUUCAUCUCUUAAGAAGUUUGAAAGACCUGAAUCUCAGUUGUUUCGGGUUACAAUCUUUCAAUUUAAGUAAUCCUCAGUUGAGCCUCAAGAUUACCUUCCUACCUCAGUUUCCACGUUUUCUAAGGAAAUUAAAUCUUAGUUGGCGCAAUUUGGGAGAUGGAGACAUCCCAUCUGAUAUUUGUGAGUUAUUAAACCUACAACUACUAGACCUAAGUCAUAACAACUUUUCAAGAUUACCUUCCUGCCUCUCUCAAAUCCCAUGUCUCAAGCUCCUCAAUUUGUCACACUGCAAAAGCCUUGUAGAAUUGUCGGACCUCCCAUCAACCAUAGCUAUUCUCAGAGCAGAAGAUUGUCCCUCACUUGAAAUUGUAAGAGAUUUAUUAGGUUAUAAAUGGUUGUGGAAAGUCUCACUUUGGGGGGGAGUGAAUAACAGGGUACUACUUUCUAUGCUUGCGGGAUGUGUAGUUAAAAAUCGCUUUAUGACUGUCAUACUUCCCGCCGUUGAACCAACGUCACGUAUUUUUACGAGACUAGUUACAUUGCAACUUCCACACAACUGGUACACUGACUUUAGUGGAUUUUUAUUAUCAUUUCGUGCUCAUCAUGGGAUGUAUCACAUAGUUAUUAAGCAGGAGAUGUCCACAGAUCACCCUGAAGAGUUUGGUGAAGAUUGGGAAAAAUUUGUCUUGGAAAGGAUAACAGGUGAACAUAAUCAUAUGAAUAACACGGGUCUUCAUGUAGAACUUGUUCGUAGUAAAAGUAAAAUAGGUGAUUUAAACGAACAUCCAAUCGAUUACUCAGAGUGUUGGGAUGAAGAAUAUGAAGAUAGAAAGACAUUUGAGAUCGUGUAUGAUUCAGAGUCCUCUGAAAUUCAGAUUUCAUGGGGUUUCAUAUCGUUUUUGCUGGUUGUUGCUCCCCUUUAUGCAUACUAUCGUAUGUAUAAGCUACAAAGUGUAUUGGCUAUCAUACAAAAACGUUAUUGUUACAAUAAUAUUGAUAACAAAACACAAAUCAAAUUGAUUAAUCAGUUAUAA